GAAUCUCGUUAGAUGAUCCUGAUUUUUUUACUUUGGACCGCGAGUGGACACUGUUAAAUUUUCUGUUAUAUCGACAAAAAUGUUCUGAUUUCUGUGCCGACAAACCUGAGGAACACAACCGAUAUACUCGUAGCCUUGCUAUGGAUGGGUCUGAAAUGGCAAUAGCCUUUUUGGAUGGGGUUGCGACCUGCGUUCGACCACCCAACAUCCUUGAUUGCGAUUGGGGAUGGUUAGUUGCGACUCGGGUGGUUCCGUCCUGCCGAAAUAUGCUCAACCACCUAACAUUCCUGAUUGCGAUUGGGAAUGCUUGGGUUGUGACUCAGAAGGAAAAAAAGUCAAAAUCGAUUGAUAACUUCUGGAAGACGGUUACGUUAGCGCAAGAGAAGAAAGUGGCAAAUGAAAUCGAACGUUCAGUUUUGUUGGAUGAACUCGCUACAUCCGCUGUACACUCAACCCUUCAACGUGAUAGACAAGAAAGUUUGGUUCGAGAAAAAGUUACAAGACGAUUAGAGAGUAUAGAUGAUGAUCGCACGUACAAGCGUCACAGGUCACAGUCUCUGAACAUUGAGAAUAAUCAAAAAGAAAAUAACACAGAAGCGAUUAAUAAUGAACAAAAUUUAGGUGAAAAGCGAGUUGAGGAAGAACAUACGAGAAGGUAUAGUCUAAGAGAACGAGAAGAAAUUGAUUAUGCUGAAAUUUCCGAUUCAGAUAUUUCAGAUCCAUAUCAUUAUCAAGCAUACGAACGUGAACGGAUGUUCCGUCCCACAAACUGGACAACCCGGAAUGCAAAUCCUCCAGUUAUGUCACCAUACAGGCCAAUUAUAACGAAAGCAACAUAUGAUCAGAUUUCAACGCAUAUAAUUUGCGCCUUCAACACAACAAUACAUCUUGUUAAGGAAACAACAGAAAGUACUUUAUAUGAAAAAAUCGAAAAACUUCUCAAGAUGAGAAACAAAUUAAUUUUAAAGAGGCCAAUAACCGAAAAACUUUACACAAUUUUCCUGGCAGAUUAUUCAGAAAUUAUUUCAAAAAUAAUGACAGAGACAGAAGCUGAAGAUAGUGAAACGAGCGAAGAAUCGAGGUUUCUUUUUUUCAUAAGGCACACCUUACUAGACUUUGUUGCAAUGUUCAAGUAUCUGUCACCCAAGGUUCUGGUUCGGGAUAUGUCCGAAAGAUCAUAUAUUGUUGAAUGUCUUUCACCCAUACUCCGAGCCUUCAGGAAUGCAUUCCCCGACGUGAAGUACGAGUGGAUCGAAAAGGAUGUUAAAACAUUAAAGGACGCGAGCAAUAUGUUUGCGAUUAACGUGAGGGCCCGUAAAACCGAUCUGCUGGUUCUGAGAUUAUCGGAUGCCACGGAAAUUUUACAUGUUGAGGUGUCCGGGCCACCUUACAAACCUGAAAAGAAACAUACAGUCGGAGAUGCCAAAAAAUUACUCAUGAUGGCCAUUUGCAACUUGUGUAGGAUACUGGCGAACAAUUUCGAUUGCCCAAUUGAUGAUGCAAAGAAAGUCAAAUCUUAUAGCAUUCAAGCAAUUGGGGACCGAUUAACUUUAUUUUCUAACAAGAAAAGAUUCAGAACUUUUAUUCCUUCAGUUGAAGAUGAUACAGGUGAUUUACGAGAAUGGAUAAAUUUACCUGAUGAAGAUUUAACACCCGUAACAGAAGAUGAUAUGGAUGAACUCCUUUUAUAUGAUACUACAAAGUUAAGUCAAACAGAAAAUGCCGAGCUCAAGAAUGAAAUUGCAAAAUUAAAACGAGCUGUUAAGAAUAUUGAAAAGAAAAAUCGAACAGUUACUAAUGAUUUAGCCCCACAAGGCCUGCUUUCGCAGAAAUCUCCGGAAUAUUCUACUCCAUUACCUAACAAGAGUUGUGAAAAUGCGCAGAUUAAAGAUUCUUCAACUCACCAUGAAGCGAAUCAAUCCAUGACUAGCACUGACUUAGUAACUUCAGAACAGGUAGUUAGCACAAUUUCCAAUACAUCUAACCUUAAUGAAACUUGCUCCGGAAAAUCCAAAUCAUUAGAAGAUAAAGAAAUUGAUGUCUUUUUAGAUUCAGAAAAUAGGAAAAGGGUUAGUAAUGAGAUAAAGCAAAGGAAUAUGGAAAAAAAGCUAUUACAUAGUAAUGAAGCUUCCGCUUCUCAGGAUCAGGAUCUAUCUUUAGUUAAUCAGGAUGCUUCAAUGGGAUCUGAAAAGACAAUAACAUCCCCAUCCUUAUCAUUAUGUGAUACAAAAACUGUGACAAAAUGUCACGAUCUUAACAAUUCUGAUACUACCUCCGAAAUACUUGAAUCAGACAAUCAAAUCAUAGAAGGUUUAAUACAAGAGAUGACCUAUGAUCAAGAUAUGGCUUCAAGUUCUGUGCAAAGUUUAUCUGACUUAUUUGAUAAAGCAAUUAAAUCAGGUCAAAAACAAAUUUUAAAUUGGUAUUAUUAUUCUCUAGAAUUCGAAAAUAAGGUUAAAAGUCUUACAACAGAUGGCCAGAUUAAAGAUAAAACAGCAAGAUCAAAAAUAUAUAAGAAAAUGAAACCUUUUCUACCUAAUAUUACAGAUGCAAAUUUGUGUAAGAAAACCGAAAGAGCGAGAAAAAUUCUUAAGCUAUUUGGUGAUAGAGGCGUAGACAUAGAUAAAAUCGAAUACAUUACAUAUAGUGCAAGUACAAUUUCGGAAUUGAAAAAUACUCAAAUUCAGCAUAUCAUAAAUGAGGUGACUUCAAAAACCGUGACAAAAUGUCAUGAUCAGAUUAAUGUAGAGGUAAGCAUGUUGCCUGAAAAGGUUUCACUAGAAACAUCUUCACUUCAGAAACAAAAACAUGUUAUCAAAAUGAUACUGGAGCAGUUUCAAAGUUUGUCUUUAAAAUAUAGGAGAGAUACAUUCACUUCAGAAUCGCUAAAUUCAGUCUCAGAAUCGCUAGAUUCAGACUCCGUUUCAGAGUAUUCUGAAUUGUAA